GCUUUGGGGCACAGCUUCUCCCAGUUGCCCUUGACUUGGGAGGUUUGGGGCUGAGGGUACAGUGGUCUAUGCAAAAUACGCUGGGUGCAAUGGGGGAGCAAAGGAUGUGUGUUGAAGAGCAUCCCUUCCACUGAAGCCCUGAGCUUUUAAAUCACUGCAAAUUCUCACCAGACUUUUCACAGGAGGCAGUUUCACAUCCCAGCUGCAACUCGAGCCAGUGAGCACACAGCAGGACUCUGUGCCAAGGGAGCGCUGCCUGCUGGACCAGCUUUUGCUAUGGGACCCAGCUCUGGAAACCUGUCAGAACCUGGACAAAACCAAAUAUUAUACAUCCACUGGAUCACAUACAAUAUUCUUCAAAGUCAGUGAAAGAACCCUCUCCUGACCCCUUGUUUCUCCAGAAAAGUGGAGAGGUCUGUUCCUAAGGUCGUCAGAAAGUGGAACGCGGUUUCCAGGUUAAACAACAAAAUACGCUUGAGCCAUGGAGACCAGCCAGGAAUCCUCACUCUUCCUGGUGAAGAUCUUGGAGGAGCUGGACACAAAGCAGAAUACUGUUUCUUACCAGGACCUCUGCAAGUCCCUGUGUGCGAGGUUUGAUUUAUCCCAGUUGGCCAAGCUCAGAAGUGUGCUGUUUUACACCGCUUGCCUGGAUCCUAAUUUCCCAGCAACUUUGUUCAAAGACAAAAUGAGAUGCACUGUAAACAAUCAGCAAUCAAAGAAAAUCAUGGUUGCAGCAGAUAUAGUAACAAUAUUCAACCUCAUACAAAUGAACGGGGGAGUGGCCAAGGAGAAACUUCCAGUCUCAAGGCAGAAAGUGAAGAAGAAAGAGUCCUUUGAAUCCUGUAGAUCUGACACGGAAAUCUGCAAUAUGGCAGACUGCGUGCCCAACUGCGAGCUGAACGACCAGGAGUUUAACCAGGGCUUCCCUAUCAGAAGGUCUUCAAAAUGCAGAAAGAUGGACUGCAAAGACUGUCAGCAGUUUGUCCCCUCGUCAGAACCCAACUUUUUACUUGGUGUUAAUAAGGACAUGAAGGGCCGGGCUGCCUCUCUGGACAGGUUGCAGGCACUGGCGUCCUACUCCAUCGCCACGUCCCCACCGUGCGAGAUGCAGAGUACAUACUUCCCCAUGAACAUUGAAAAUGAAUCUAUUUCAGACCAGGACUCCUUGCCUAUAAGUGCAGGCAUAAAAGAAACUUUCAUUUCAAAUGAUGAGCCAUUUGUGAUGCAGUCGUGUGUCCAGAAAAGAAAUAUAUUCAAAGAAGAUUUUCAUAAUCUGAUUACAAUAUCUCCCAACUUAAUACCGUCCAAUAAAAAGCCAGAAGACGGACACAGAGAGCCUCAGAACAGGAAAGAAAGCUCUAAGCAGGCUUUCUUCAACCACAGCUUUGAAAUGCCAUACAGCAGCCAGUACUUGAAUCCAGUUUAUUCUCCUAUACCAGACAAAAGACGAGUAAAGCAUGAAAGUUUAGAUGAUCUUCAAGCUUCAACGUAUUUUGGCCCAACUACUGUUCUUGGGCCCGAGGACAACAAAAGGUGGACUGGAAAGCCUGCCAAGCAAACUGCCUGGCCAGCUAAAAGCUGGAGUUUAAAUACUGAGGAGGUACCUGACUUUGAACGAUCAUUUUUUAACAGGAAACAGUCUGAAGAGAAGCCGCGAUACCAGAGUUCAAACAACCCGUCUCCAAACUUUCCUUCAGCUGACAGACAUCAGUCCUACCUGAAUGCGAAGGAUCAGCAACCAAUUAUGCAGGCAAACUACGCUGUGAAACCCAAUGGACAUAAACCCAAGGAAAUCCCUUCCAUUCUAGAUGUGGAGAAACAUGAGCCAGUCAAAAAAUUUAAGGAUAAAAGCAUUAAUUGUAGUUCUGUCCAGAUCUUAAGCAUUGACAGGACCACGAGUGUUGGGACGCAAACUGAGCAGCAAGUUCUGGACCACAAGAAAUGCAAGGAUUUGUGUGCGGCGGGCCAAGCCAAGUAUGGAGAGCGGCACUCGCUUAAGCAAUCGGAUGAUGAUUCUGAAAUUGUGAGUGAUGACAUCAGUGACAUUUUCCGGUUUUUGGAUGACAUGAGCAUCAGUGGGUCGACUGGAGUGAUGCAGUCUUCGUGCUACAACAGCACUGGUUCCUUGUCUCAGUUGCAUAAAUCAGACUGUGAGAGCUCACCUGAGCACAAUUUGACUAAAAUCUCCAAUGGGAGCGCCUGUAACAAAUUGGAUAAAGUGGUCCGGGCAGACAUCAGUAACACAGAUGAUGAACUAAAAACAAGUGUCUGCAAAUUAGUUUUGAGGAUUGGUGAAAUAGAGAAGAAACUGGAAUCUCUCUCAGGUGUCCGAGAAGAAAUCUCUCAAGUCCUGGGAAAAUUAAGCAAGUUGGAUCAAAAAAUUCAGCAGCCGGAGAAGGUCAAUGUACAAAUAGAUCUCAAUUCUUUGACAAGCGAGGCUGCAUCAGAUGAGAGUAACUCCCCACAGAUAUUUCAGUGCCACAAUACUCCUCAUGGAGGCAAACUGGAGAAUAAUCCAGAAUGGUGCUGUUCAGACGCCAGUGGAAGUAAUAGCGAGAGUCUUCGAGUAAAAGCCUUAAAAAAAAGUUUGUUUACUAGGAGAUCAUCAAGAUCUUUAACAGAGGAAAACAGUGCAACUGAAUCCAAAAUAGCAAGUAUUUCAAACUCUCCCCGAGACUGGAGAGCUAUUACUUACACCAACCAAGUUGGCAUUACAGAAGAGGAGAUGAAAGAGAGAGAUGGAGGAGAAAAUAAGGACUGGCACAGGAAAUCUAAAGAGGCAGACAGGCAAUACGAAAUCCCACAGCCACAUAGACACUCUAAACAACCAAAAGAUGCUUUCUUGAUUGAACAAGUCUUUAGUCCUCAUCCCUACCCUGCAUCACUCAAGUCACACAUGAAAAGCAACCCGCUCUACACAGACAUGAGGUUGACAGAGCUGGCUGAAGUGAAACGCGCCCAGCCGUCAUGGACCAUAGAGGAAUAUACGAGGAAUUCGGGAGAUAAAGGCAAGAUUGCAGCAUUGGAUCUACAAACUCAAGAAUCCUUAAACCCAAACAACCUAGAAUACUGGAUGGAAGACAUUUAUACUCCUGGCUAUGAUUCCUUAUUAAAACGCAAAGAAGCCGAGUUCAGAAGAGCAAAGGUUUGCAAGAUAGCUGCCCUGAUAACAGCAGCAGCUUGUACGGUUAUUCUGGUCAUUGUAGUUCCCAUUUGUACAAUGAAAUCCUGAACUCGUGGACAGACCUGUGACUCCCAGCUAUGUGUAUCUCAGAUCUCUCAUGCUGUCUUUCAAACCUCUGAUGGCAAAACUGUAAGGAGUUUGCUAAGGAAGAACGUUCUGAGGAUAUCCUGAUGGAGAAUGCUGUGAAUGCCGGCAAAACAACAAGAGAAACAUUUUUUUGAAAAUAUUAUUUUAAAUAACAGACUGUGUGGUGGAGUUAAUGGGAACUCAGUUAAAUUUUUAUGCAUUUUUGAAGGUGCAAUAUUUUUUUUUUUCCUAAAGAAACAAUGUAAUGUUUUACAGAAUCAGAGACUGAUGAGAAUCCAGGCAAAAGAGGAAGGUUGUCUGAGCUAUGUUGCAUUCAACAGAAGUAUGGGUACAUGGAGGUAGCACUGUAUAGAAGGGAAUGUUCUAUAUGCAUUAGAUCGGGGAGCUAGGAAAGUCUUAAAGCUCUCUACAAUGUAGAAAACUCUGAAUGUAUUUAUUUUAUAGUAUUUCUGUAUUUCGUGACCAUUUGAUUGAAAGCAGACUGCGUAGCUGUGAACAGAGUUCAUUCCUGUGUUCAGAUUAAAAAGGGCUCUUUGUAUUUGGUCUUGCCCUAAGACCCACUCUAUCAUCACUGAGUACUUAGAUAAGUGCAAUGUGCUGCAGACCAAAAAGAUUAUGUUUUAAAGCAAUCACAAGAGGUUUCAGUUGCUUCUGUUGAAUAACAUUUGCAUAGAGCUGGCAAACUUGCCUUGCCAAAAGGGUAUUCUUUACCUCCGCAGACAGUGAAAUUGUCUCAAUUUCACUCCUGCCAGCAAGCAAAGCUGGCAAAUCAAAGCAACGCUCUGUUAAAGUUCUUGGAAAUGUAAUCUGAACAGUUAUAAUUUAUUUUCACGAAGUCUGUGUGCCUUUUUUUAGACUGUAGAUUAAAUAGCACUGUUUAAUUUUGCUAUUUUAAGCCCAUAACAUAAAUCACAGCAUAAUGGGUACUGAUGGAAGUUCUUUUCCCGCAAGCCUUCUAUACAGUUCAGAGUGCUCCUCAAACAGCAGGGCUGGUGGUUACUGAGCACUUAUAUUAAGGGCACAGUUUUUCAGCACUAGUGGAAACUUGCUGUUAAUGCAAUGCAUUUGGCAUGGGGAAAUCUGCUUCCCUCUUGCUAAUGUACUUAAGCAUGAUGAUUGACUCUACCGGACAGCAAGCAGUCUGUAUCCCAUAGGAAAAGUCCAUUUUAUGCUUUAUCCCAAAUGCAAAUAGCAGGUUCAAAGGAAUUCUCAAGCUAUGACAGAAAUUUCUUGCUAUGGUUAGUGAAAGCAAAUACCCAGACAGUAUUACUCUUCUGUCAAGUAUAGAUGGUAGGGAAAAAAAAAACAGUAAAAAAUAAUAUAUAUAUAUAUAUAUUCAGGAAAUAAAGUGAUCUUGCUAGUCCUCUAAGGGAAAGGAGAUUCUUUUGGUGAAUGCUCUUUAUUUAGGUAAGGUAAUUUGAUUCCUUCAGAAGCAGCCCCCUCCACGAUGACACAGCAGCUGGGAAAGCAUCGGAUGCUCGUUCCUCCAGCGCUCUGGGAUGUGCUGCACUCGCUCUUUGUUUCUGGCUGGUUUAAAAAAAGUAGUGAGGAAAGGGUGUGUGGGAGGUGAAGGCUUUGUUGUGUGUUUAGAUGCGUGUCAGUUCUUUCCUGCAGCCGGAGAGCUGUUUACGUGCAGCUCGUGUGCUGUAUUUUAUUUAGGUAUAGGUGAUCCCUGGGACCAUCAUCUGUCAGAAAGAAGUGUAAGCACAGGGCUGGGUGACCCAUCAGCAAAUACAGAACAAGGAUAAGCCCCUGGACCAAAGCCUGUGCCUGCCUGGCCUGCAUCCUGACGCAAAUUCAGUAGCUUUGGCCCCUUCCUAAUACCAAGAUUAUUUCUCUUUCCUCCCAGAUGCUGCAGGAUAGAGUCACAGCAGGGGGGGAGCAAUUCACACUGUCUAUUUUAGGCUGCCUUUGGUUAUGGUAUGAUUCAGAGAACCUGAGUUUAGGAGCUCAGGAUCUGUAUGUAGUAAAUAUAGACAGGUAGAGAAACCUCUGGGGAUGGUUCAGAGCCGCCAGCAAGAUGUCUAAUAUUAGACAUGUGAAUACACUCCAGAGGUUAUCGCUCUGCAGCUUACCUUAUGCACAAUUUAUGUAGAUUGUAUAUGUAAAAAAAUAAUAAUCUAUUCCUGGUUCCAGGUAAUGUCAGAAAGCCCUUUUAAUCCCUCGUUGGCCCAGCAAUAGCAAACACGAGGGGCUGUCAGAGCAGCGUGGCCCUGUGGUGGCACAGUGUCAGUCCCCAUCUGCCCUCACCGGGUGUGACAUGUCCCUUGGAGGUGCAGGGUGGGUGUGGGACAGACACCGAGUAGACCCUCUGCCUUCGCCAGCCCCCCUCUGCUGACACAAGCGAUCUGGCCCUGCUGCCCCCCAGCCCAAAAUCAGCAGCACUUCCUCUGUUGCAUCUCAGUAAUCUGAUUUUAGAAAAUAUCUGAAUGUCUAAGUGGAGAUGUGAGAAGGGUGCAGGAGAAGUUAUUGAUUACAGGGGUCAGUUGACUUGCACUGGUGCAUUAGAGAAGAUGUAAGGACCCCUGUUUUCUUUGUGCAAGGAUUUUUAAAAAAUUAUUUUUAUUUUUUCCCUUCCCUCUGUGUGAGACUCAUCCAGCUGGCACCGGAUGAGUCUUUGCAUUAGAGAUGACCAAAAUCCUGGGAAGGAUCUGGAAGGCUAUGGAGCCAUGGGUGAUGUGGAGCUGGCUCAAACCAAGCACUCAGCAUGCCAAGCAUCCAUGCUGCUCCUAAUUUAUUGAGGUGCUUUCACCCAUCCUCACUUUGCACAAGCAGCCAGUGGCCCCCCUGGUUUGGCACAGUUCUCUCUCCCAUUUGGAGCUUGAUUUGGCUCCUGAAACCUCUGGGGGCAUCUCCACAGUCCUGGGAGCCCGAGGGGAGCAGGGAAAGCAGAGCCUGGCUCCCUGCCGCCCUGCUCCACAGAUACCUCCGGGAGCCGCUGCCUCGGUGUCUCCUCCGCUCCCCGGCUGCCUCCGGCAUCCCCUCGGCACCGCUGGGAUGUGCAUCCCCAGCUGUUCUCAGCGGGUUUCACAUCUGGCACAGAGCUUUUUGGCUUAAAAUAGGAAAGGGGAUGGAGCGCUGGGAGGCUGCUGCCGGAGGAGAGCAACAUGGGAAGGUGGGGCCCUGCGGUUUGGCACAGAAUAAACAAACCAGGUGAAAUCCUGACGGUAUUAACCUGCGAGAAUAUUGUGAUCAACCUUGUGAACCAGUUGUCAACUAGUAUAUACUGUAUACUAUAUGAUAGACUUUUGUAUUUUAAAAAAAUCCCCAAACAAAUUAAAGCUAUAGGUACAGUGUAAUCCUUAGUGUGAUUGAAAAAAAGUGUCCUAGAUUGUAUUAAUCAAAAUCAUGAUGAGCAUAUUGAACUGUUUUUUGUAUUUAUGCCUUAUAAACUUGAUAUAUUACACAUGAUAAAAUGAAACUGCAAGAAUUAUGAAACAAGGUACUCCAUUGGGGGGGCAAAUCCCAUCUGCUUUUCCUAAAACAAGACUGCUGCUUGAAAUCAGCUCAAUAAAUCAUGUGUGCAGAAAAGCAAGAGCAGGAUCUGCCCCACAUUACUUUUUAGGAUUUUUUUUUUAAUGGGGCUUUGGUUAAUGUACUAUGUAAUACUUUUAUUUUAUAAAGUUACUGUACAAUGUUGCCUUUUGGUUCAUUUAAAUAUAAUACCAAAUAAACUUCAAAAUUAGUGUCCUAAGUUUUAAUGAAACAGUCAUAAUAAUGUAUUACUCCAUUGCUUUUCCUCUUUUUUUGUGUGUGUGUGUUUAUCCCAGGGACAUCAAGAUAGCCAUGGGUUGUGAGUGCCUCAGUAUUAGAUUAACUAAGCAGCCUAUCUAGUUCUUGGCAGAAUUGCUAAUGGAUUUCUCACUUGUGAAAUAAUAAGAUGGCAGAAGAUAAUGAAAAAUGAAUUUGUUUGGCUUCUUGAAAAAGCUCCUUUGCGUCACAAUGUCUGGGAUUCUGGGAGCUUAGCUCUUGACACUAAUCAUAAUAUUUCAUUUUAUAGGUUAUUUCAUGACUGAUUUUUUUCCAUAUCAACUGUUUAAACAAGGUCAUGACUAACAUUUUGGUAUCUAUUUCACUUAUAUGUUUAUGCAACCACUGUCACUUUUAUGUCAGUAGAUAACUAUUUAUAGUCACCUAUCAUCAGGCAAUCAAUUUGUUUAGGAUCUCUAUGUGAUUUUUAAUUUGUUGCUUUUGACUUGUUAACUGCAAAACCAGGUGGUCUUAAAAUUCCAGGUGUUGAAACUAAGAUAGAGCUGAGCCCACCACUGGGGGUAACCCACCAUCAGAGGUUGCAAAGGGGAGCGGCAGAAAAGACAUAUAUAAAUAACUAACAAUGGCAUGAAAAUGUAGUAAUGCAAGUUCUUGAUUUCCUCAUCUCUACCCCGUAAGCACCUUUGGUGCAUUGCUUUAGCCAUCUUGGUUGGGAUGGAGACUGCCAAGUGCACCCUGUGGGGCUGGGACACCAGCUGGACCCCCUGGUGCUCACAUAUUGUCGGUCAGGCUGCAAACCAUGACAGGUCCUCUUGGUAGGGGAUUUGUGAUUCACAAUUCAGCAUCCGUUUCAUUUUUGGAAGUGGUUUCCUGAUUUACAUCAGUUUCAGGUUUUUCUCUUGUAGCCAUCAAGCCCAGAAGCUUACAAGUAGAAGUGCCCUCUGGAUUUUUUAUGUUACAGUGUGAAUUCCAGAGCAGGAACUUUCAUAACAAUGCUAAAUGUGACCAGGCUCAUGCCAAAAAACCCAAAGCACUCUGGCUCAGCAUUCUUCAGCCAAGAAGCUCGAUAUGGAGGAUAUACAGACCUCAUCUGGGUCAUCGCUGUGCUGGAAAAUGGGGCAACUGCCAGGUUUCUGCAGUAGCUGCUGGAUAAGAGUCACUGAGUCUCAAGGUACAAGAAAGCUCCUGCACUCAAUGCUGUAUCAGUGACCAAGACGCGGCCCAUGCUCUCUGUGCUUCCCUGAAUGUAUUGCUUGCAGCAAUUAGUUGUACCUGUUGGAUAAAUUCUUUAUUUCAGAUAUAGCUUUGAUGAAUGGCUCUGUCUGAUGCACAAAAGAGUCACAAGCAAAAUGCUGGAUCUCAGGGCCGUAUUCUGCCCUCUGAGAUGCUCCUGUGACUCCAUCCUGUUGAAUCUGCACAUGGAAGAAAAGGCAGCCCAUAGUCUGCCCAAAGCAGCUUGGUCCUGUUGAAAGGAAAGGUUAGUUUCGUUGGUGUGCACUUUGGGAAAAGGCAAACACCUGUGGAAGUAAUUAUAAAGAUAAGAUACUUCCAUUAAUCUUAUUUUUCUUUGUUAUCUUUUCAGGAAAGAGCAUUAAAUCUGGUAAAGUGCUGCUUUGUUGUUAGUUUUCCAGCAAGCUGGGUCACUUCGGAUGACUUCUGGGAACACGGACCACUCAAUCUCUUGCAGGCUGUUACAUCAAUCUUCACAGUCCACUUAGAAGCUGGAGAAAAUCUUCAAAAAAGGAAUAAGUGGGUUGACUGCAGCCAAGCUCCUCCUAUAAGUGAGUUGCAUGUGGUUUUAUUUAUUUUCUGCAAUGUAGCACAAAUUACAUGUAGGAGAGCCACAAAGCUUUUACAAAAGCAACAGUACAUCGAAUCCUUCCCAGGAGCAAUAGACUGAGAUUUUUAAGGAAGACUAGUGAAUGGUUUUGGAUGAGCCCAGCACAAGAAAGCAACUGUGCUUGACCUGCGCACGGUGCCACUGGGCAUUGCUGGUCCUGGUGGAUCAGCAGUGGAUGUGAUGAGAUGCGCAAGGUUCUCCACUGGAGUAGGGAAGAUGUCCGCGAGAAUUAAUGCAGUAUUGGGAUGAGGAAAAAUGGUGGGGAGAAAGGUGUCUUGAGACACGGUUGCUGUUGAGGCUGGAGGCUUUUAGAAAUUCAGUGUUUUGUGGCAGAUGCCUCCCAAUUACCCAUCCCACAUCCUGCUUCUCCCUGCCCUCUUGUAUCCCAGAUCUGUGGAUUUUGGGACUAAGCAAGUGUCUGGGCACACAGUGCAGGCUCAGAUCUUGCCUUUUCUUAAAGUCAGCCAGAUUUCCUCUGUAAACAGAAGAUGUAUCAACAUAUCAGCUUUGACCUCGGCUGAAAGUCCACUGAGGUCCAAGAUCUUGUCCCACUGGUGGGGUUGCCAGCACUUAAGGAAGUGGGACCUGGCCCUUCCUCUCACCCAUCCCCAAAACACCUUGAGACCACCUUGGAAACGGCAGUAUUAUGAUGGUGACUUUCGCUUCAUGUUGUGCUUUGUGAAAGUUGCAUUUCCAGGCCAGACUCUGUAACCAGAGAGUUGGAAAAAUUAUUUCAUUUAUUCAAGGUGAAAACAAAUGGGCGAACUCCUCAGGUAAGAACAUGCAGUUCUGAUUGCUGGUGUUAUAAGAAAAAUGUCAAAUCCUGCUCUUCACAACAAAAUUACUCUGUUUUCUGUGCUUAUUUUGAGCCUGGAAGUGGUGUGCAUGUUGUCCCUCAGUACGUGGUGGGGCUCCAGCCCAUGUCCACAAUGUGGGUGUCCCCCCCUUGAAGGAGGGAAAAGAGGGAAUGACAUACAGUAAAACAUCCCUACCUGGGAGAGAGACCAGAUAAAUGCUUGUCAUUCUGCCUGGCCCUGGAAACGAUGGGGAGCCUGGUCCCUGUUGAAAAGAUUUGCUGUAAACUCUGCUUUAGUGACAGACGAAUCUCUGCUUGUAUUGAAAAAUCCUCCUGAUCUGCCAUCCUGCCGGGCUGACACACUCACUGCAAUAAAACAAAUCUGUGUUGUGCUGUGUGUUUUUCCCCAAGUAACGGUGGGGGGAGAGAGGAGAACCAAGGAGGCUGAGUCAUUUUUCUUCUUUCCUUGUCUUGGUAAUGAAAUAUUGCUCUUGAACUUCACCCUGCCUUUCCUGUUACUAUUUCUUUUUUUUUUUUCAAUGGUUACCUUUUAAGAGGCUCGUAAAAUUUCAUUACUAAAAUUUAUGACUGGGUAGAAAAUGUGUGCACGUGCAUUAAUUCUGUUUGAGGCCAACGUCUCGUAGCUGCAAAAUUAAUGUUACGGUGCAGUUUCUAGUGUGGCUAAUGGCUGUUCAAUAAAGCAAGGCGCUUGCUUUGCUCACCUUAUGGCACUUAAUUAUUCAGAACAAUAAAGAAGAGUUUGCCAGGUAACCAUUAGAAAGAGAACAUGCACAACGUGUUGAUAUGUAUUUUUAUACUUGUUUGUUUAUUCAAUUAAAACCUUGAAAAUCUUGGCCUUGGAACUUGGUUCUGUUGGUUUUCAGCUCCUCUGUGUGGUGUUAGAGAAGUUCCUUUCCCCAAGCCUUCCUGUAGCAGAGAGUCGGCGAUGGAUUCCAGAAGUUAUUCUAAAAUAAAUAAUUUAGUUUAGAGGUUCAAAAGCAGAUGUCUCUGAAUGCGAUGGAUUAAAACUGAGCUGCUUAAUCAUAACUCUGAUCUGGAGAGGCUGAACUGGAUGUUAGUGUUACUUUGCAAGUUAUACCCUGUGCUGAUUGAAAAUGAGUAAACAAUAACAGUUUGGUAAAUGAUCAGGUGGUUUUGGAGCAUCUUCGCUAUCUCACCCUGUAGGAACAAGAGCCUUUGGGGGGCAGUGACAUAUUUUUUCUCUCUGCUGGAAGAUAUGAGCUGACAAAAGUGACAUAUCCCUGGGACGGAGAAACCCAUGCGGGGGGAAGGAUAAUCUCAUGUCAGAGCUCUCAAGGCAGUACCGUCUGUCUUCCAUGUUUUGGGACCAGUUGCUUGAUCUCUGUGGGCUUCAGUUUUGUGCCAGUUACUCCUCAUGUCUUCAGGCUUUUUGUUGGAACAGAGCCAUGUGGUGGUGAGGUGCCCAGGGAAAGAGGGGCCAGACAUGGGCUGCGACAUCUGACUAACUCCAUCUUGAUGCUUAUAACUGUAUCUCCAGUACUGUAAAUACUUACAGAUAGAUCAGGCAUCAAAUUUGUAACUCUGGUGGUAAUCAGCAAUGCAACACUUGGGAAGUAUUUGGCUCAGCUUGUCAAAGUGUCUUGGUAUUGUAAGAAUGGUGAAUGUCAGCAGGAAAGCUGGGGGCAGGAUAAGAGGAGAUAGAAAAGCAGAGAAAGCACGAUGCUCUGCUGGGAUCGCAGUGUGGAGACAGCGGGAUCAGUGCUGCAGGAGAUGGGCAGACAGCGAGCAUCUGCUCUGGGCCACCAGGAUCAGAGCACAGCAGGGAUGAGAAAUUCUUGGACCAGUUAUCAAGGAAUUGGGAAGCUCCAGGAUGCUGUACUCACGGGGGAUUUUUACUACCCAGACAUCUGCUGGGUAACAAAUGCAGCUAAUCAUGGUAAUAAUGCACAACCCUAAUUCACUACAAUUUCUCUCCCAUAUGUUUAGAAUGGUAUUUACAGUAGGAAGUGAAGAAUGGUUAUUCAUGAAUCAAGGUGAACUGAGUUUCUGGUGUGGAGUCAGCCAUUUAUUGUGGAAAAUACUGUAAGACAGUAUUGAACAGAAUCCCUCUGAAAGCAUGGCAGUGUUCCAGCUAUUUUAAACAAAAAAUGUUGCUGUAAUUACUGGUUGCUCUUAAAUGCACCAAUUGAACUUCUCAUUUCUCUGUAACCUUUGUUGACAUUGAAGCAUGAGUUCACAAGUGGAGUUGAUGAAGAAUUAUCUCUCAGAUGAAAUAUGCCUCCUCAAGUUUAAUUCUGCUGAUGAGGGUUGAAAAGGGUUAAGAAAAAAGGAAGAAAGGAACCAUGAUAAUGGGUGCUUAGCUCACUGGUAGCACACAAAAGGAUGUUGUUUUAUUGAUAUACUUCUGUAGCCUUUCUUCAGUUGCAGGCAAUAAUUUUGCCAACCAACUCACUGUGGACCCAGAAAAGCACUGUGAGCUCAAAUACAUCUAAUAUUGAGAUGGGAAGAAGGUGUCCCAGCCGUUGGAGUUCAGGGCUGAACACAGUUAGUUAUUGAUGAAUUAUGGUGCCUUUUCCUCCCGUUCAGCAAUUCUCUGCUCCCUAGCUGUGCUUGCCCCUGUGUUGCCUCAUCAUCACCGUGGGUUUAUUUCGGUAAGGACGCCGUAUGCUGAGCUCUGGCUUCAGCCACUCAGGGUCCAGGGAUUUGUAUAAUGGUGUUACUGUUUAUUCCUCAAUUACAGGCUUUGAAUAUGCAAAUCUGUUGAUGCUGGUUACUGUAAUCCCCCUGCCCUGCCUGAUGCCAAGCUGGGGAAGUCAUUGAGCCAUUUGCUGGCAACAAGGGUUUUCCUGUUGGUUUCUGAUUUUGAGCUGUGGGUGAAGAGGAAACCCCCUUGAUCAGCCACCUGAAAUAGAGGGAGCGCGAAAAGCGAAGAGAGAGGGUUGUGAAAUUGAGGAAAAGGGAAUAUUUUUUUUUCUACAAGACUUUGAAUGCCUUUUUCCCUGUUAUUUGCCUCGCAGGAGCUCACAUUCAUGCUGCUGGUGAGACACCGGAUGGGUCAGAUUGCUCCAUCCCACCCACUGCAGCAGGGUUGUGUCCUUGCAGUAACUGUCCCCUAUUUCUGCCUGCCCUGGCUUCUUCCCACUUGAAAUCUGGUUUCAAAGUGAAAUAGCUGAGAUAGCAAUCAGCAUUUUGAAGAAGGCUGUCUGUCCACUGUUCUUGGUGGUCCACCUGCUCCGGUGGAGCUGGGUCAGGGUAGGGCAGGAGAAUUCCACAGAGGACACGCUUACUUGGGUGGAGGGAUGGGGAAACCUCAGCUCACAGCACCCAGCCAUGCGUGGCAUGGAGUUACCUGUACCAGCUUGGUUGUUACUUCAAGCUAGAGAAGGCUUGUUGAAUUGCAGAGUAUUUUAACACGUGCUGAACUGUAUAUCCAUGUCUAGCACAGGAGCUCUUCUUAUUAAAACAUUAAUUGAUUAACCUUCCCCACUUCUACUUCCACUAUUUUUCUAAUUAGUAUUUUUAGUAUUACUUAUUAUUUUUUUCCAUGUAUCUUUCCAAAGAUACAAUCAUCGUACUAUUGCCAGUCAUCGUACUAUUUCCUUGCAGCUUCAGCCAUCCCUGCUAUAACACCUCAUGCUCUUAUGGCACCCACGAUAGCUCAUUCUUCUUCUCUCAGCCAUGGACCUGCUUGCUCCAUCUGCACAGGCAGCAUUUGUUGAGAACAUCAGUUAUUUUGCAUCCAAGUUGAUAAUGAUGCUGUGAGAAUGUCACUGCAGCAUAAGUCAAAAUGUCCAGGGAGUGGGGUAUCUAGACAGAUUUGAAAGGAAUGCUUUUUCUUAGGCGUGGGAACAUGUCCCGUGCCAUUAUGUGUUGAUGGAUAUGACUAAUUUCAGGAGAAAAAAAAAAAAAAAAAAAAAGAAGAAAA